AUGGAUCUUUGUCAUAAAUCGUACAAAAAAGUUAUUCAAAGUGCGGCAUCAAAUACCGAUCGAUUAAAAUUAUGCGAAUGGUGGAGAUUAUUUGUUGAAAAUACAACAUUGGAUGAUUCAUCAAAUGAUGCAUUACUAUGUCAAAUUGAUUGGCGUAGUGAAUGUUUGCAGGAAAGAUUGAAAUUUACACGAUGUGUUAAUGAACGAAUGCAAAUAUCGGAAUUGUUAAUUGUUAGUUUAAUCGAAGGAUAUGAGAUUGCUAUUCAAUGUAUGGCAACAUUUUCAGUGGUUAAAUUAAAACAACGUAUCGAUGGUUUAUGCGCAAUGAUUAGUGAUUAUUUGCGCAAUUUUUGCCAAUUGAAUAAAGUAUCAUUGGUAAUCGAAGAAGGUAUCGAAUUAUUAAGGCUUAUCUAUAAUGAAGCAAAAGAUGAAUUUGAUACAAUCAUACAAAACAAACUUAAAAAUGACGAUGAACAAAAAAGUCUAAUGGCAAUAAUGAACGAAAUCAAUCUUGUCUUACAACAUUGUAGUUGGUGUGAUGUAAGCUUUAUUAAUAAGGAAGAAAUGAAAUCAAAUAAUAUUACAAUUGCAUACGAUAAUUCUAAUGGAGCAAUCGAUCAGAGUAAUAAUAUAUCGACAACGAAUGAAUUAUCAUCAUCCGAUGAUCUCUAUCAUGAUGAUAUCAUUGAAGCACGCUUCUGA